GUCCCCCUCUUUUCUUCGUGAGAAGCAGUCACCUUGUGAUGUGUGCUCACUCCGCCUCUUCCCAGCGGAUGCUCGCUCUCUGUCAAUUUAUUUUCUGAGAUGAAGAGUUGAGGAAGGGGGAAAAGAAAAUAAGAGGGUCUGCGGGGGUAGCGCAGUUAAAACAUCCAUGGGUGGUUGUGUGGGCAGUCACCAUGAUUCUUCAGGCAGUCUAAACGAAAACUCUGACGGAACUGGAGUGGCUCUUGGGCGUAACCAGGCCUUGAAGAGAGAGAAGCCCAAAUGGAAGAGUGACUAUCCAAUGACGGACGGCCAGCUGCGCAGUAAGCGGGAUGAGUUCUGGGACACUGCGCCUGCCUUCGAGGGCCGCAAGGAGAUCUGGGACGCGCUCAGGGCCGCCGCCCAGGCCUUCGAGAGCAACGACCAUGAACUGGCCCAGGCCAUCAUCGACGGGGCCAGCAUAACAUUGCCACACGGCGCGCUGACUGAGUGCUAUGACGAGCUGGGGAACCGCUACCAGCUGCCAGUCUACUGCCUGUCUCCACCUGUCAACAUGAUCGAGGAGAAGAGUGACCUGGAGAGUCUGGAGGUCAGCGAGCCGCCACCCAGCGAGGGCCAGGAGUGCCAGCUGCGCCUGCGCUUGUCUACGGGCCGGGACCUGCGUCUGGCGGUGAGGACCACGGACACGGUGCAGCACAUGAAGCGCCGGCUGCAGACGGUGGAGGGCGUGGCGGCGGCCACCCAGCGUUGGUUCUUCUCGGGCCGGCCACUCACGGACAAGAUGAAGCUGGAGGAGUUGAAGAUCUCCAGGGACUACGUGGUGCAGGUGAUCGUCAGCCAGCCGCCCGCCCCCCUGCCCACCCAGGCACCGCCCACCCCCAUACCAGCCACGCCCGCCACACUACCCCAGGACCCCACACCCGUGGAAAACUAGUGCCUGGCACCCGGAGAGGGCAUGCAGGAGGAGAGAGGACCACAAUGGGAGGACCAGCUUGUGUCUAAGAGAGCGAGCGAGAGAGGGGUGGAAGUGUGUGUGUGUGUGUGUGUGAAGGAGCUAAGCAGGUAGAAGAUUAAACAUGUGUCUGCAAAUGGGCUGAAACAGGACUAGAGAACCAUUGAAAGGGUUUAUUUACAGUUGAGUGUUUGUUAAGCUGUGUUACCUCCCUCCCUCUUCUCCCUCCUCGACGGGACGGCGAGGUUAUUCUGCAAGGCAUGCUAGGAUAGCAGCAGGGGCGUGUCUGUGUCUCAGUCGGAACAGGAAGACUCCGCCUCCUCGAUUGAAGACAACCAACCAGGAGCAGGAAGAGACUCAACCACAAGACACGACCACCUGCCAACCUGACUUUUAACAAAUCAACCUUUUAUAAAAACUAUUUUUUAAAACUUGUCUUGCUUUUAGUGGAAACUGAACAACCAAAAAAAUUAAGAUCUGGGGAAACUAUAAGGAACGGGGAAGAAUAUACAGUAACAACUUUUUCAUUUUGCAUUGUUUUUACUCUUGUUUUGAUUUCACUGCUGUUGCAUUUUAGUCCUUGUCUUUGUCAAGGAUGAUUCUGUAUUGAUUUGAAGGACUGGGUCAAUGUUCCAGAACCUCUUACCUGCCUGCCUGCUCUCCAUCUCCUCUAUAGCUUCUAGUCAGUCAGCUGUCUGUCCUUCUAUUGCUCUCUUUGUUAUGCAUCCUACCUGUAACAGUCUUGACCUGUAGCUUCUUUCUGCAGACAUUACAUGUAGCUCUGCCAGUCAACUCUUAAGCAGACGAAUCACAUGCUCUGGACUAUACCUUUUGAAUUCCUGUCUUGGUUUGUGAAGUUAGUAGGCCGUCACUGCGUCAGAUUAGUUCCCUUCUCAUUCUCCAGUGUACAUCCCAUCGUGUAAACUUGACACUCUCACUCUACAGUUGUCUGUGUGCACCUGAUAUUUGCUUGAGAUGGAAAUACAGUAGGUUUCCAGUUAUUACAGGUGCAGAACUUUUUAAAAAAAAAGGAAAACAUGCAAACUGAAUGUGCUGGGAUGAGGUGUCAGUCAUCGCAAAGUGUUACUAGCACUGUGUAUAGAAAUUCUGCUUCACUAUACUUUAAGAUACUUAUGAGCGCAGUGUGUAUUCAAUGUGUGUGUGUGUGUGAUAGAGAGAGCGAGAGUAAAUGCAUGUUUGAGAGGUUGUCGAGAGAAAGUGUUGGAUGUACAGCUAUGUUCACGUGCACAAUAUCUUCUGGUGACAAGAAGCCAGACCUCAGAACAUACCAAGAAGAGGUUACGACCUUAGCAGGUCUCUAGGGGGUUGUUCUGUGGAGUGUGGACAUACAGUGCCUUGCGAAAGUAUUCGGCCCCCUUGAACUUUGCGACCUUUUGCCACAUUUCAGGCUUCAAACAUAAAGAUAUAAAACUGUAUUUUUUUGUGAAGAAUCAACAACAAGUGGGAC